AUGCCCCCUUACAGCACCCCAGCCUACUACCACCCCACCUCACCCACAUCCCACAGCCUCCCCAGCGACGAAUACAAGUACCUCAAACGACAGCAAGAAAAAUCCCGUCUACAAUGGCACUUGGCUAAGAAGCAUAUUCUCCCCCCUCGCACCAUCCUCUCCACCUCGUCAUCCUCGUCUUUUCCCUCUGACUAUUCUUCUUCUUCUUCCUCCUCAUCCUCAUCCUUCCCCUCCACCUCCACCUCGUCUUCCUUUUCGUCGUCGUCGUCGUCGUACACCACCCCAACUCUGCCCCCUUACCCCCCUACCCCCUACCAAACCCAGCGCCUCCCCCACGCCCACCGCGUGCACAUCUCAGCGGUAAAAAACGCAACGCGGAAAGCACUAGCGUCUGUUUUCGAUACCGGUACUACUGACCACGACAUGUAUCACGAGUGGCCGUCGAGCCGAUACGAGCAUCGUGCGUGUCGUGGUGUUAGCUCGCCGAGGGAUGUGGACGAGUAUUAUGAGAGUAGUAGAGUGAGGUCGAAUCGGGGGAGUGGCGAGUCGAUGCGUGUGCGGUAUCAGAAUAUGAGUGGCUAUGGAAGUGGAUUGUCAGGGCAUGGUGUCGGGGGAGCGAGGCUUGGGAGCAAGUUUAGCUUUGAUAGUUUGGAUGAUGCUUAG